GAAUAAGUGAAAUAAAGGCCAUGUGCCUCGCCUUCGUCUUUCACUUUACUUUGCUGGCAGGAUCGGUGAAACAUCACCCGGGGAAAUCCUCUGAGCCCAGCUAACUUCAGACUUCAGGAUGUUCCUGUGCUUGGCUCUGUUGACUCUUCUUCCUGCGACUGUCAGCAUCAGUCCUGGAGUGAAAGUGGAGCUGACUCAAAAAGGCAUCGACUAUGGGAGACAAUUGGGUAUAGCUUCCAUUCAGUCAAAACUGAAGACCAUCAGAAUCCCAGAUAUAUCUGGAACGACCAACGUACCUGCCGUCGGGAAGGUCAAGUACAGUUUGUCAGGUUUGCAAUUACUGGAUGUAGGAUUACCAAAGUCUGCACUGGAUCUGGUGACAGGAAGUGGAGUCCGACUGUCCAUUGGUGACGCCUACAUGAAAUUGCGUGGAAACUGGAAGGUCAAGUAUCUCAAAUUCAUAACGGACCACGGCUCUUUCGAUCUCAACGUGAACGGACUAACAAUCACAACAAGCAUCAAAAUUGACAGUGACGAUACGGGCAGACCUGCGGUCAGUACCAUCAGCUGCUCGGCCUCUGUUGGAAGCCUAAAGAUCCAGUGUCACGGUGGAGACAAGUGGAUGUGCGAUCUAUUUAAAGACCUAUUAGAGAAGUUUGGGCGUAAGUCCCUAGAGAAACAGAUCUGUCCUCUGGUCCAAACGGCAGUAUCAGAAUUAAAUCCUGAGCUGAAGACCAUGAAUGUCUUGGCAAAGGUGGACCAAUAUGCAGAGAUUGAAUAUUCCAUGGUGUCAUCGCCUGUCAUUUCUAACACUUCUUUAGUUUUGAAUCUGAAGGGAGAAUUUUACAACAUUGGGAAACAUCAAGAGCCUCCAUUCACUGCCACGGACUUCUCCAUGCCAACUGAGGCCAACAACAUGAUGUACAUGGGAAUAUCUGCCUUCACCGUUAACUCGGCAGCGUUCGUCUACACCACAGCCGGAAUCCUCAGCCUCUACAUCACUGAUGACAUGAUCCCAAAGAGUUCUCCGUUCCGACUCACCACCAAGUCAUUUGGAAUCUUCGUACCGCAGGUUGAAGAGAAGUUCCCUGAUCUGCCGAUGAAACUGCUGGUGAAGGCGGUGAAAAGCCCCACCGUUACCUUUGAACCCGACAACAUGACAAUCCAAGCCGCUGCCACGGUGACAGCCUACGCCAUCCAGCCCAACGCCACACUCUCUCCUCUCUUUGUCCUGAGCCUGGAGAGCAGCGUCAGCGGCCGGGUGUUUGUCAGCGGAAUAAAGCUGGCCGGAGAAGUCACCCUCCAGAAAAUGAAUAUGACCCUCGUCACCAGUUACGUUGGAGAUUUUCGAGUUGAAUCACUUGACAAAAUCUUCAAAAUGGUCAUCAAUUUGGGGAUAUUACCCAAACUCAAUGAACGUCUUGCUCAAGGAUAUCCACUGCCAAUGAUUGGAAAGAUGAAGCUUGUGAGCAGUCAGCUUCACAUCCUGAAGGACUACAUGCUGAUCGGGACGGACGUUCAGUUCAUGGACUGAGCCGCGCCGUGAAACACUCCCAGAAAUACAACGCAGAUGAAGCAGAUUUUCAUUUUGUUGUUUCUUCAUGUUGUCCUCUUAAUGUGGACAAAGUCAUCCUUUCUGAAGUUCUUUGAAGCACUUUCUCCCUCUGAGUUUCUGAAUUUUUUAGUCUCACAUGGUCACACAGCAUCUCUCAGGCAGCUGUGACCGAGCGCUCAGGCUCUGGGAACUGGCUGAAGAGAUCUGAAACACGUAAGUUAUGAAAAUAAGAGGGUCAAAUUUCCCUUUGUUUCUUUUAAACUUGAUUUCAUAAAUCAAUGACGACACUAUUCGCGAUUAGGGUUCAAUCAUCAUAUUUUGUGACUUCUAGUUUUUUCUUGCAACAUGAUUCAUUCAUUCAGUUGAACAUGAACAUAUAAAAUAAUAAUGUCAAAAUGCCAUAUAUGAUUGUGUUGUGAAAUGCCGGAGGUGUUUUUAUUGUAAAGGUGCUCAACAGGAACUGUCCUGAAUCACUUGUCGCUAUGGUUGUUUGCUUGACUGAGGAAACAGCAAGUUUCCUCCACUAUUUAAUAAAGACUGAUUUGUAAUUGUUCAG